AUGACGGACGCGACCAAGGGAAACGAUGCCAUGACGGAGCCCAUCCGUUCCGUCGAUGGGGACGAAACUCACCCCCUCGGGUGGGGAAAAUACCUUCUGACGCGCAUCCCGACGCUGGUGCCGCCGAUGAACCCAGCUCCGAACCCUUUCAAAGCGCUGACCCUGUUGAAUCGCCAACAAUGGCUCUUCUUCCUGGUCGCCUUCCUCGGCUGGACCUGGGAUGCGUUUGAUUUCUUCACGGUCUCCUUGACCACCACCGAAUUGGCCGAGCAGUUCGACAAGUCCGUCACGGACAUCACCUGGGGCAUCACCCUUGUGCUCAUGCUUCGAUCGGUGGGCGCCAUCACAUUCGGUAUCGCCUCGGAUCGCUGGGGCCGCAAAUGGCCUUUCGUGGUAAACAAUAUCUUGUUCAUCGUGCUGGAACUGGGAACCGGUUUCUGCAAUACAUACAAGCAAUUCCUUGCCUGUCGCGCGCUCUUCGGUGUCGCCAUGGGUGGUCUCUAUGGAAAUGCUGCGGCAACCGCGCUCGAGGAUUGCCCCAUGGAGGCGCGUGGUAUCGUCUCAGGUCUGCUCCAACAGGGCUAUGCGUUCGGCUACCUGUUGGCGACGGCAUUCGCCCGCGGUCUCGUGGGCACGACUUCUCACGGUUGGAGACCCCUGUACUGGUUCGCCGCCUGCCCUCCUGUUCUCAUCAUCCUCUUCCGUCUGUGUCUCCCUGAAACCCAGGCGUUCCGUGAGCGCCAGGCGACUCGUGAGGAGGUGAGAGGUGGGGUGACAGGAACCUUCCUGACGGAGGGUAAGGUCGCGCUGAAGCGACACUGGCUGUUGCUGAUUUACCUCGUCUUGCUGAUGGCGGGUUUCAACUUUAUGUCGCACGGAUCCCAAGACCUGUACCCGACCAUGUUGGAGAAUCAAUUUGGCUUCUCGAAGACCGCCGUGACGGUAACCCAAGUCGUGGCGAACCUGGGUGCCUUGACCGGUGGUACGCUGUGCGGCUGGGCCAGCCAGAUCUUCGGUCGCCGGUUCUCCAUUAUCGUGAUAAGCAUUGUCGGCGGCGCGCUCCUCUACCCCUACACCUUCGUGACGUCCGAGAAAGUGAUGGCGGCGGCUUUCUUCGAGCAGUUCUGUGUGCAGGGCGCGUGGGGUGUGAUUCCCAUCCAUCUGAUGGAGCUGUCGCCGGGCGCGAUUCGCACCUUUGCUGUGGGUACCGCCUACCAGCUUGGAAAUCUGGUCUCGUCGGCUAGCUCAACGAUUGAAUCGACGAUUGGCGAGCGCUUCCCGCUACCGCCAACGGAGGAGGGCAAGAAGCGCUACCAGUACGGCAAGGUGAUUUGCAUCUUCAUGGGCUGUGUGUAUGCGUACGUGAUUAUUGUCACGUUCUUCGGCCCCGAGCGAUUGGGUCGGCAGUUUGAUGUCGCGCAUGACUCGGACAUGGCGGAGGUGACGGCCCACCGCGGUACCGGCAGCAAGUCCGAAGAUCCGGAGAAGGGCAGCGUCCAGCAUGCACAGUAA